GGAAAAGGGCACCAACGCAAUUCAACUACUGGACAUGAAUUCCAAGGCACUACUACAUAAUUCAUAUGUUUAUCAUCACAAACUCUGCACAGUUUUACAGCAAAAUAAAUUAUCUCUCUAACGGUAAUAGUGUCAUUCGAUUCGACGCAGUAUUAUAGUGUCCACAUGGCCUCAAACACGAGAAAUUGUCCAAAAUUCGGUCGAUGUAGCUAAGCCUGUCCACUUGUGUUUACACUGGACGAGUCCUGUUGGGCACGUAAUAAGCGAUUCCCCGAUAAAUUGUCUAUAGCUCCAUAUAAAACACAUCCAAAAAACACUGUCCACGUCAAUAACUUGCUCGGUCGCCGAAUAUUUACCAAGAAAUCAACUCGUUUUCACACACAAUAAUUCUGAAUGUCAAAAGACGCCAUUUGCCGGUCGGCUAUCCCGCAGUGAAUGCUGAGACGAACGCAGCCUAAACGGUGAGUUUUUAUUGGUCGAUUUCAUUUGGAACACUUCUGAGUACUUCGUUAGAUUAAAAACUUUGACAUAUCGCGGGAAAUGGAUGCAGCCAUGGAACAGCAGACGUAUUGGACUGCAAAACAGAAUUUGGCCCUCUCAAUGGUCAAAGCAGGCCACAAUGUUUACAUCGGCGGUCAGGCUGGGUGCGGCAAGUCUACGCUCGUAACCCAUAUAAUGCAAUGGGCGGAGAAUGAACGCAAAUCGGUCGCAUUAACAUGCACGACAGGUGUUGCUUGCAGCAAUUUCUCACCGGUGUUGAAGCCCAUGACAAUUCACAAGUGGUGUGGAGUUGGGGAUGGCAGGAUGUGUGGUAUAAAAUUAAGGGGGAUGAUGGCAACUGAUGACAGAUUAAUACCUGCACGAAACAGAAUUUUGUCAACAGAUAUCUUAAUAAUUGAUGAGAUUUCCAUGUUCAGCAGAAGAAUGUUUGAUAUGCUUGAAACAGUUUUGCGAAUAAAGGAUACAAGCCACACAUUUGGUAACAUACAGAUAAUAGUUGUUGGUGAUUUUUUGCAACUUCCACCAGUAAGAAAUUUAAGAUAUGAGGACCUGGGUGAGUUUGCCUUUACCAGCAAAUUUUGGCCACCACACAGCAUAUUUUUAGAUUCUGUGUUUAGACAGAGAGACGAAUCUCUCAUAAGCCUCAUCAGAGAGUUAUCUUUAGGGCAACUCAGUAAUGACAGUCAGAAGCUAAUAACUUCUCUAGCCCGGGAAUUGCCACAAGAGGAUGGUAAAUUGGUGAAGCUAUAUGCCACCAACAUAUUGGUGGACCUUCACAACAGAAGUCGAAUCAUGGACCUUGACGGCCAAAUGUAUUCCUUCCAAUCCACAGAUAAAGGAGAUGAACGAGCCCUGAACACUUUGGUGGUAACACCAACAUUAUGGUUAAAGAUUCAACAAGAUCACGGCUAA